ACCAAAAAUUUCUUCGUCUGUGUCUCAAAAUCGAAUCAAAAAAUCUCUAAAGUUUCAAUUUUUUUGCUCUGUUUUUUCUGGAAAAAAUGGCUUCGAUUUCUGCAACUUUGCCUUCGCCAUUGUUACUUACACAGAGAAAAUCUAAUCUCACAUCGAUUCAAAAACUCCCAUUUUCUCUAACUCGAGGUACGAAUGAUCUUUCACCAUUUUCUCUAAUUAGAAACCCUAGUAGCAUUACUCUUAUGGUGAAAGCUAGUGGAGAAAGCUCAGAAUCAUCGACUGAUCUCAACGUUGUUAGUUCGAUUCAGAAUGUUUGGGAUAAGUCUGAAGAUCGGUUAGGUCUUAUUGGUUUGAGUUUUGCUGCUAUUGUAGCUCUUUGGGCAUCACUGAAUCUCAUCACGGCAAUCGACAAAUUGCCCGUUAUCUCGACCGGAUUCGAACUAGUUGGUAUCUUGUUCUCCACGUGGUUCACGUAUCGAUAUCUCUUGUUCAAACCGGACAGAGAGGAGCUUUCCAAAAUUGUCAAGAAAUCAGUAGCAGAUAUACUUGGCCAGUGAACGUUGUGUGAUACUUCUUCAUCUUUGGAAGAUGAUUUGUUUGCAAGUUUGUAAAAUUACAUGACAGGGUUGUUGUUUCUAGUCUAAUAAUUUCAUGUAUUUGAAACCUGUAAAUACUGUUUUGUGGGUUUUGGUUGUGAGCAAAAUCAGUCAUUUCAUAGAGAAGAUAUCAAGAUCAGACACUAAACAUGUUUUAGCAUGAAUAAAAAUUGAAAGAAUAA